AUGGCUACUUCUCUCAAGAUUCGUCUUUUUGCAAAUAAAUCUCUCUUGCAUGGUGGUGAUUUUUUUCAAAUUCGUUGUUGCUGCCAUAUUAUAAAUCUUAUUGUGCAAGCUGGUCUGAAUCUCAUUGAUGGUGUUAUUUGUAAAAUUAGAAAUGUGGCCAAGCAUUUGAAAAAUUCAAUUCCAAAGAAGAAGAAGUUUUAUGAAAUUGCUGAAAAAAGUUUUCAUUUGAAUACCAGAAAAAGAUUGCGUUCUGAUUGCUGUGUUAGAUGGAAUUCUACUUUUUUAAUGUUGGACCGUGCUGUUUAUUUCAAGGCAGUUUUAGAUCACUGGGGACAGCGUGAUAGAGAAUUUGGAAUCUUUGCACUUUCUGAAGAAGAGUGGGAAAAAGUAGCUAAUCUUCAUAAGUUUUUGAAAGUGUUUUAUGAUGUGACUAAUCAGUUUUCUGCUAGUAAGCAUCCAAUAGCAAAUAUUUAUUUUAGGAGGGUGUGGGAGAUUCAUAGAAAAUUGAUAGAGACUGCUAAUGGCCCAUAUGAUUUUAUGGUUGAUAUGGUUAGAGAGAGGCAAGUUAAAUUUAACAAGUAUUGGUCUGAGUAUAGUUUGAUCUUAUCUUGUGCUACAGUUUUGGAUCCCCGUUGCAAGUUAGAGUUAGUUGAAUAUUGUUAUUCUAAACUUUAUGGGAAAAUUAGUGCAAGGAAGAUGGUUCAGAAUAUUAAGAAUACUUUGUAUGAUUUAUUUGAGGAGUAUAUGCUGCGUUCAACUUCAGUCUCUUCUCCCAAGAUUGGAACUUCUAGUGGCAGUGAUGUUGGUAACCAUGAUGCAGAUAGUUUUGAAGAUUAUGAAUUAUUUUUGAGUAAAAAAUAA